AUCAGUGUCUGAGGAGUAUGCACUUUCGCUCCCUUUUCUACUUUCUGGCAUGUUUAACAUUUAACCUGUUAAUGCCCAUCUCUUGAAAAGUGUACAUUUUAUUAUGUAUUAUAAUUUGGUACUAUAUAAUCUAAGCAAUUCAAAGAACUGUUAAAUAAAUCAAAACACCUGAACUGAAAGAAAACUUCCUUUCCACAGCUAUCUGAAAUACGUUUCCUGGCCGUUUCAGCGACAAUUCCAAACACUGAAGAUAUAGCAUGCUGGUUGGGUGAUUCACUAGAUUCCCCAGCUAGAUUCUUCAAACUUAAUGAGGACAUGAGACCAGUUAAGCUUCAGAAAAUUGUUCUGGGUUACCCACAUCCAGCUGGCACCUCUCAAUUUCACUUUGAAAUGUCCCUGAGCUACAAAUUACGUGAUAUCCUGUUCAAGUACGCUGAUGGAAAGCCUACGCUUAUAUUCUGCAGCACAAGAAAAGGAGUUGAACAUACCUGCAGCACUCUCUUACAACAGAUCACAUUUAAUUUUAACUCUCAGCAGAAGCAAAGGAUCUGUGAUGCUGCUAUCACCAUUACUGAGAACAAGCUUAAGGAGUGCGUGAUGGCCGGUGUUGGGUACCACCACGCUGGAAUGGGGAAAGAAGACAGACAGGCAGUGGAGACUGUGUUCCGAGAGGGGAUGCUGCCGGUACUCAUGACAACAAGUACCUUAGCUAUGGGAGUGAACUUACCAGCACAUCUGGUCAUCAUAAAGGCUACUCAGCAGUAUGCUGGUGGAGCAUACAAAGACUACACAGAGACCCAGAUUCUACAGAUGAUUGGUCGUGCUGGGAGACCACAGUUUGAUUCUAGUGCUGUUGCUAUUAUUAUGACUAAGGAAUCUCAAAGGUCACGUUAUGAAAAGGUAAUGAGUGGUAAGGAACUGAUUGAGAGCAAUCUCCAUCAGCACCUAGCAGAACACCUGAACUCUGAAGUUGUGUUACGCACCAUCACAGACAUUGGAUAUGCAAUGGAAUGGAUCAGAUCUACAUACUUGUAUGUGCGAGCUCUACGGAACCCAAGUCAUUAUGGUAUACCAUGUAAUCUAAACAAGAAAGGCAUAGAGGGAAAACUGCAAGAGAUGUGCCAACGUGAACUCAACGCUCUUGCCAGUGCAAAGCUGCUUACCAUAGAUCAUCGUAUGGACGUGCGUCCCACUGCAGACGGCGGCCUCAUGGCACGUUUCUACCUCAAUUUAGUAACUAUGAAGGCCUUCCACAAGGUCAACGGACACGAGAGCCUGGAAAAGAUAUUGGCAAUAGUAGCAUCCUGCCACGAGUUUUCAGGAAUGAAAUUACGUGUUAGUGAGAAGAAAACCCUCAACUUGCUCAAUAAAGCGCGUGAUCGCGAAUGUGUCCGAUUCCCACUGCCCACUAGAAUCAUGACAACAGAGAUGAAAAUCAACUGUCUUAUUCAAGCUGUCCUCGGAUGCUUACCGAUUCACGAGCCAUCCUUGAAACAGGACGUUCUCCGCAUAAUGUGGGUCGGGAAACGAGUGACCAAUGCUCUAGCUCAGUAUCUGCUCCAGCGCCCUCACUAUCAAGCACUAGUUAGUGCCAUUACUCUUGCCAAGUGCUUCCACUGUAAGCUGUGGGAAAACUCUCCUCACAUGACAAGGCAGUUAAAGGGGAUUGGAGCAGCCUUGUCAUCAAUGCUAGCAGUCUCAAACAAGACCACUUUCCAGUCCGUCAUUGAAGCUAAUCCACGAGAUCUUGAAAGCAUUCUCAAUCGCCCUCCACCCACUGGUGACAAUCUGAAAGCUGAAGUAAAUCACCUUCCACACUUUGAACUGAGAACAGAAAGUGUGACAAGUAUGUCAGUUACAAAACUUCACAUCUGUGCCGAGAUGACAAACCGCGCUGUCAUACGAGAACACAAUACAGCUGGAGAAAACCACUGGAUUUUUCUUUUGGUGGGUGACUCUAACAACAAGUGCAUAUACAAGGAAAGGUUUAAAGAUUCCUGUCUAAUACAAGAUACAAAAUGUUGGAAGGUGGAAAUAAAAGAUCCAUCCUCUGUUAAUGAAGUGUAUGUGAAGCUUAUUAGUGAACAAUGGGUUGGCCUGGAUGUUCAUUCUAGCAUAAAGUUACAACCAAGAGAAGGAGUGCCUCUCAAAGUAAGGAAUUCCAUUGAAAAGUAUCUAAAGAAACAAGAAGGCUCAGACCACGUAAGUCUGUCUUCCAAAUGGUCCAACCCUCAAACAACGAAAAGGACAAAGUCUUCCUUUGUACACCAGAUUAAAGACAUGUCUGAAAAGAGACUUGGAAAUGCACUAAGUAUGACCCCAACUAAACUUACACUUAACAAGUACACUUAUAGUCCUGCAAAAAAAAUGAAAUUACUUCCAUCAGUGGAUCAGCUAAAAAGGGUGGAACAUGAAGAAAUGGACGCCCUGUCCCAAUUCUCCAGUUCUGAAAAACACCAAACAGAGCAAGUGAACCCAGAAAUUAGUUUCAGACAUGUUAAACCAAAACUAAUAACAGAUGAACAAGUUUAUGGUCCGCACAAGCCCUCCAGUCUAGGGCACACAGAGCAAGAAAUUAUGCCCACACAAGAUGACAAUCAAAUGGAAACCUUCUUGCAGUACCAGUCUACUAAUGUCCUCAAAGGUCCAGAGACGCAAUGGAACCAAUACACAGUUACAAAAUACAACACACAUCCACCUGAAAAGAACACUGUAGAACUGCAAGACACCAGCACAUGCAAUUCAACUGGAACACGGCACACCCAGUCACCGACGGCUGGCAGAACAGGAUUGGAAUACGAGGCACCGAGGCCUCAACAGCCAACCGAAAUGAAAUUAUCCACUGAACCUUCCACAUCAAAACUGACUGAAGACUGCCAUCAACCAUUCAAAGAAAAUGUUAAACUGCAUGAAGACACCGCACUGCAAGAAAAGCACUCUGAGGUACAAGAAAUCAAUGCCACCGUCAAUUCACAGUUACCUAAUGGUUCCAAUUUACACAACAAUUCUCUGAUGGAAGAGUGUAGCUCUGAAGAAUCGAAAACAGAAGAUUUUAAUUUUCAGGACGGAACAGAUUCUGCAUAUAAAUAUGUAACACCUGUACCAACCCUGUCCGUUGAGGCUCAGCGUAAUCUCCGUGGAAAAUACCUGAAAGCAGAAAUGCUUCCAACAAAUACGCCAACUUGUGACAACAACCUGGGUUUGCAGGAUGAAUUAGUUGCGUCAUCUGACGUUGUUCAGUCAGAAAAGAUCAGUUCUGAAGGUGAACACCCCAGGAAAAACAAUUCUGUGAUUAUACAUGAAGAGAGAGCAGUUCAUGCAUCUUAUUCACCUAUCAACAGAGAGAACACUGUUAUAAAUAUUAAUCGGAAUGUAGAUUCACUGCAUACAAAAGUAAAGACAUCAGUCAGGAAAAAAUUAGUAUUUCAGAAAACUUUACCCAAACACUACUACCCAAUCUUCAUCAAAUCACUUGAAUAUGACACAAAUGGGCCAGCAGGACUUUAUUCUGGUAACUGUGACCAAUCGACAGAAGCUUCUAAUAAGUCAGCUUCGUCCCGAGUCAUGAAAAGCACGCCGACUCUGCCUGACUCUGGGGAGGAAGUCACGUCCUCUUGUAGUCAUACACAAAGGGCAUCUCCUGAAAAUGUGACUGAAAGAGUUAAAAAAUUACACCCAAGCCCUAACAAAGAAGCAAAUUUUUACACUUCUGUUCAAAUGAAGAAUGGAAAGUCAUCUUUGUUACAACAGAGCUCUGAAGAAAAAACAGAAGGUUCUCUUACAAGCGAAAACAAACUUCAAGUCAAUGAAGAGAGUAACACACAAAAUGAGAAAACUGACAAGGAUGAUCACGAAGUUCCUGAUUUUCAACUUGUCAAAGACAUUGACAGUUUCCUUGCUGACAUAUCUGGUGAAGAAAAUUCAAAAUUUAAAUGUGUCAAUAAAUCAAAUAAGAAAUGCAAUGACAGCUUCAAAACUAAUAUACCUGCACUCACCAGAUAUUCAGCCAGGAACAAUUAUGUAAGUCGCAUCAUCCCACAUGACAGCAAUGAAGACGUACACAGAAUUCGGAGGAAUGACAGUAAGUACAAACCAAUUUUAAACCUGUUACUCAAAGAUGUUUCAAGAAGGGAAGUUACACCCUCUUCAUCCACAGAGAGAGGAUAUGAAGAAUCUGAAACAGAAGUACAUUCGCAACUAUUGUCACCAGAAUUCCAGUUUCAGCCCACAAAGAAGGGAACACUUUCACAGUUUACACAGAAGUCGUUAGGAGAUUAUUCAAAUACAAUGCUCAAUCAAAACUCUGAUGACACACCUCCACUCAGUAACUUGGCGCAAACUUUACAACCACAAAGCAAAAAUUGUGAGGGAAAAUACACACAAAGCCAAGUGAACUAUCACCCUUCGGUCCAAAAGGAACUGCCAAAGUUCACGUGUGAUUCUGACGUUCUGCCCGGGGACAUGAACAGAUUUUUGCCAAAGAAUGAAACCUACCAAAGGUGGAACAAUGUUAGGACAGCAAUUAGCGUCCCUAUGCGACAGCCAUCGCUAUCUAGACAGAGAGAAUCAUAUGCUCACAUUUCAGAGACUGAAAAUGCAUCUUCUACACAACCCUGGAUGUUUCCCUUUGAGGAACCAGAAACCAAAAGACUUGCUUUUUCUCAACCAGUUAAGUGCGUUACAGGAAACAAUGAAAAUCUCCCCAAUUUAAACUCUCAGUGGCAAAAAUAUGAGAUGUCACCAAUACAUUCAGAUGAGUCACCUGAAUAUUAUUAACUGAUUGAAUUACGUGCUACAUUUGAAUAAAGAUCACUUCCCAACUGGUAGUUUUAAUUAAAUAAGUGCUUGCAAAGAGAUAAAAGUGAACACAUUGUGACAGAAUGUCAGGUUUAUCAUUACGAAACUGAUUUUCAUGAAAAAUGUCUACCAUGCCUUUCAACCCAAGAGUUAACAGAACUCAGCACAAUGAUGUAAAAAUACAAAGUUUCUAUGCAACACUGAACCCCUCUAAUGCUAUUCACCAGGUGACAUCUCUCCUCCAAUGGAAGAGAAGUACGAUAAUAAUGUGUUAUAUAAAAGAUGGCCGAUCAUAUUUGUUGUGGUAGCAGAAGUGCUCGUUAUUCUCAGACAGCUUAAAAUGUCACUAAGAAAUAAAUACCCUCCCCACCCUCCAGUGCUAAGGGCAUAGUGCCAGAUAAACAGUGAAAAAUGCAACUGAUUCCUAAAACAUAUAUAAAUGUAAACAUCUGUAUUCUGAAUAAUAAUUGAACAAUAAUUUGUGUGUUUAAUCUGAAUAAAAUAUACCCAUAUUGCCACCAGCAA